AUGGCGAAUAUAAGAUCCCGAAUUAAUUUACAAGAAAGUAGAUUCGCACUUAUACAACGCGCUGCUGAAGAUGCAACGGAUGACUAUCCUGUAUCUAAUAAUCGGUCAUUGAUUAACACACGCUUGGAAGUUCUGGAAUCUAAUUGGUCAAGAUUUCAAUCCGAGCAUGAUAGCAUAUAUCAAGGAGAUAUAGAAUUCUCCUACGACGAACCAUAUUUUAAGAAUAAGCCGACAAGAAAUUUAGAAACCUCCAAUCCUACCUCUCGAUCGUCGGACACGUUACCCAACGUAUCAUUUAGCCGUCGGAGUGCUUUGCCUAAAAUCACGUUGCCACGUUUUUCCGGCGAUUAUCCAUCUUGGCGACCAUUUCAUGAUCUGUUCUCCUCCAUGGUCGUAAAUAAUCCAGAGUUAACUAAUGUGGAAAAGAUGCAAUAUUUGAAGACCUGUCUCAAUGGCGAAGCCGCACGACUAAUUACUAAUCUUCCGGUUUCAGGAGAUACUUUUACCAUUGCCUGGGAGGCUCUUAUCGUUCGCUAUGAGAAUAAAAGAUUAUUAAUUUCCUCUCAAUUAGACAAACUCUUUAGCAUUAAGCCUCUCAAAACAAAAUCUGCUCGCAGCUUAAGUUUGCUUCAUGCCACCGUCACUGAAUCUCUAGGUGCUCUUCGUGCUCUAGGUUGCGCUGUAGAUCAUUGGGACCCAAUAUUAUUAUAUCAAUUACCACGCCUCCUAGAUUCAGAUACCCGAGAAGUUUGGGAGAUUAAGCUCGGUUCUUCCACCGCAUUCCCAAGGCUAGUUCAAUUUGAAGACUUUUUGAUUGGACGCACCAGAGCAUUGGAAAGUUUGGAAGGUCAUUCUUCAAAAUUAUCGCAUGGAAAGGAACGACCUUAUGGAUUUUCUUCAAAACCAGAACAAGCUCGUACUUUGUUAGCAACCACUAAAACGGCGGGCGGGAUGACUUGUCGCAUUUGCGGAUCUACACAUUACGUAUCAUCUUGUCCUGACUAUUCGACUCUCUCUAUUCAGCGACGUCGUGAAGAAGUAAAUAAGCUAAAGCUUUGCUACAAUUGUCUCGGAAAUCAUACGUCUAAACAAUGUCCCAGUACUCAACGUUGUCGUAAGUGUGGUAAAAAACAUCACACAUCUCUACACUUAAAUGAUUCUCAUAAAAUUACCAUGUCAAAUAAUGAUAAGUUCAUCCAUGUUGAACUAUCCUCAUCGUCUCGACCAUCGGUACUACUCGCUACCUGCCAGGCAAGAAUCUCAAGGAAAGUCGGCAGAUUAGAAUCCAUUCGACUUCUUAUAGAUCCUGGUUCGGAGCUGUCAUUUGUAUCUGAAGACGUCGUUCAAAGACUUGCAUUAACACGGAAGCCUGCUUCAAUUACCUUACUUGGAAUCGGUGUAACUCACGCUGGAAGAACACGAGGAGUUGUUACUCUACAUUUAAAAUCCCUUCAUGACAUGUCUUCCGGUUGUACAAUACAAGCUUAUAUUCUACCACGUCUUACUACAAAACUGCCUACAUUUGACGUCGCUACCAGCUCUUUAACUUGUUUCAAUGGACUUCAACUAGCAGAUCCCGAUUAUGGUCGUCCUGGCCCGAUACACAUCAUAAUAGGCUCUGACUUCUAUGGACAAGUCAUUAAACCGAACUUAAUUAGAGGAGAUUCUCCUUCUUCUUUGGCACAAUUAACAGUUUUCGGUUGGGCACUUUCAGGGCCAGUAUCGACAAUAAACGAUUUUCCUUCGGCAAGCGGCUAUCACUGUUCAAUCGAUCAUCAAUUACACGAUCUGUUGUCAAAAUUUUGGAAACAAGAAGAAGUACAUUGCCCGACCGAAUCUUCAUUAAACCCUGAUGAUGCUAAUUGUGAGGCUCAUUAUAAAUCUACGCAUUCUAGAGAUGACACUGGACGAUACAUCGUAAGACUUCCUUUAAAAUCUCCAGCUUCGUCCUUGGGUGAUUCCACAAAAACAGCCCUUCGUAGUCUGACGCGAUUAUGCCGAAGAUUAGAGACUGAUACUACCUAUAAUAAACGCUAUUCAGAUUUCAUUCAAGAAUAUGAAUCAUUGGGCCAUAUGACUCUGGUGCCAACAUCUGAAAUCAAUGCUUCUCCAACUUUCUACCUUCCUCACCACGGAGUACUUCGUGAACAAAGCCGUACAACGAAACUCAGAGUCGUUUUUAAUGGAUCCAGCCGUACGAAUACAGGAAUGUCGCUAAAUGACAUCCUUUAUCCUGGUGCGAAACUUCAGUCAGAGAUUUCUGACGUUCUACUGUGGGUGCGUUUACAUAAAUAUAUCUUCUCAACAGACAUAGUUAAAAUGUUCCGUCAGAUAAAAAUGCAUCCAAACGACUGGGAUUUACAACGCAUUUUUUGGCAAGAUUCAAAUAAAGACAUAAUUUCCUACCGACUGACCACCGUUACAUACGGUCUAAGUUGUGCACCUUUUCUAGCUCUUCGGACACUUAAUCAACUUGUAGAGGAUGAAGGGCAUCGUUUUCCUUUGGCAGUUCCCCCUUUAACAAGAGGUCGGUAUGUCGACGAUAUCUUUGGUGGUGCCGGAACAAUUAUUGAAGCCAAAGCUAUCGUCGAACAGUUGAUUGAGCUUUGCAAGGCAGGUGGCUUUCCAUUACAAAAAUGGAGCAGUAAUAAUCCUGAACUCCUGAAACUCUUUCCUAAAACGUUUAGCGACACUACCACGCCAGUGGAAAUUGAGUCUUCCACGAUCAAGAUUUUAGGACUCUGCUGGCAACCAAGCACCGAUACCUAUCAGUUUACGUCUUGGCCAACGACGGAAAGGAAAAUAACAAAGAGAACCGUGCUUUCAGAGAUAGCUCAACUUUUUGACCCUUUAGGUUUAAUCUCUCCAAUUGUGAUACGGGCAAAAUUAUUCAUUCAAGAACUCUGGAUAUCUAAACUCGGAUGGGAUGACUCUUUAUCCCCCGAUCUGCAAUAUCGCUGGAACACAUUUCGUCAACAAUUACCUGAACUUAAUAGGUUACAUAUCCCUCGAUGGCUACAAACCUCACCAACUGUACAAUCAGUAGAAUUACAUGGUUUUUCCGAUGCCUCGAAUCUAGCCAUGGCUGCGGUUGUGUUUAUCAGAAUCAUUGAUAGUACGGGAAAUAUCUCGACAAAUCUAGUUUGUUCCAAAACCAGAGUCGCACCUCUGAAACGUCUCACCAUCCCCCGCCUCGAACUUACCGCUGCGCUAAUGUUAGCACGCCUCAUUUAUCACGUACAAAAAGCUCUCGAGAUGCCUGACAUUCCCAUUUUUCUAUGGACAGACUCUUCAGUCACGUUAAGCUGGAUCUCCUCGCAUCCUUCAAGAUGGAAGGACUUCAUCCGAAAUCGAGUUGCAGCAAUCCAAGAAAUAACUCCCUUUGCUACAUGGCGUUUUAUUUCAGGAAAACAGAAUCCAGCAGACUGUGCUUCUCGAGGAAUUGAUGCCACACAACUAGAACAUCAUUCUUUGUGGUGGAAGGGCCCACCUUGGCUAUCUAAGACUACCACCGAAUGGCCAUCGGGUUUUCCUGGCCGAGCGCCUGAAGCUGAUCUCGAGCUGAAGCUGAGCCUCGAAGAACGAUCAGGGUCAUCUCUGAUAACAUUACAGAAUCCAAACCACCAUACUGGAAUUUACUUGAUCGUUGCUCGUUUUCGUCGCACUAGUAUCGAGCCAAUUUGUACACCCCUUACACCAGCCGAGCUACAACAAAGCAGCCACUUUUGGGCGCAACAAGUCCAGCAUUCCUGUUUCUCCCACGAAAUCAAGAUACUUUCAGAAGGCGCGCAAUUAACUAAAUCAAAUCCUAUAAUCCGUCUAACCCCUUAUAUCGACAGGUCUGGACUUUUAAGGGAGGAAGAGCACCAGUUCGAUCUUUUAUCCUACGCUGUGUACGAUGUGUACGGUAUCGAGGGCUACGAGCACAACAGCUAA